AUGUACUUAUAUCCAGUAACACCCAAAGAAGUACAAUCGGCUAUCAACAAACUAAAGAGUAAAAUGAGCUGCGGAUUUGAUGGCAUCCCUGACCAAAUUAUUAGAUAUAGUACCAAUAAUGUUGUCGCUCAGCAUGUGGACAUAAUCAAUGACUCUUUUGAAUCUGGAGUGUUUCCAAAUAAACUUAAGCAGUCAACAGUUGGAGUUAAACCAACAGACCCAACGCAAUUUCCUCCUGCAUUUCCAAAAAACGAAGUCCUAUGCAGUGAACAACAUGUAUUCAGAAAUAAGAGGUCAACAACAACUGCUAUUUAUGAGUACAUGAAAUCCAUAUUGAGCCUUAUGGACAAAAAACUAGAAUUAACAGGAGUAUUUAUUGAACUGUCAAAAGGUUUUGACAUGGUGGACCAUAAGAUUCUGCUGUCAAUCCUUGAAACAUAUGGUAUUCAAGGUCUGUCCAACAACUAG